UUUCUUCCCGCUGCCCCGGGGCUCUGGUUUCUAGAAUCACUUGGCGAAUAACCAGCAGGUGAGCAGAUGUCUUUCCCCGCGCGGAGGACCGUCGCGGUAGAGAGCUUCAGUGCAUCAGAGUGAGCCCCUGAGAUCCCAUCUCCCUGCGGCUCCCGGGCGGCGCUAUCAGGGAAAGGGGACGCGCCGGAGAGUGAAAGGCUACUAGGCGGGAGAGCCUGCCUGCCCAUUCACCUGGGGCAGUGAAGCCUGGCACCCACUCGGAGGAGCGGCCUCCGGUCGGAGCCAACCGUACUUCGAGCUCCGGGCUACUGCCGUCGCUGAGCCAGGAAGCUGGAGGAGCCAGGGGAGACCAGCAACAGCAAUCGGCUUAGCUGGACUGCGGCGAUUUCGGCUAGCACACCUUCCAGAAAGAAACCCGACCUCUCCAAGACCGCGCAGAGGGACGCCGCGCCCCGACCUUCAGAUUAACCCAAGCGCACCCCCUCCUGACUCUGCGCGGGAAGAGAGGCGCGGAGCCGCGGGGUCCUGGGAAGCCUGAGCAGCACAAGCCUCUGCUUCGGCGGCUCCCAGCCCGCAGCCCGCUAGCGAGAAGCCGGGGCAGGGCCGAGGUGCACGAGAGAGGCGCCGCUGCCGCUGAGGCCCUUCCCCGCUCGCCGCGCCCCCCCCGCCACUUGGCCCCGCUGGCCAUGGCCGACGGCGGCGGCACGGGCAGCUCGGGCUCCUGGUGGAGUUCGCUAAAGAACAGCAGGAAGAAAAGCAAGGACGCCGCGGGGGGUGCGAAGCCUCCCGCUCAGCCUGACCCCGGGGAACCCGCGGCGCCCGCUCCGCCUGGCCCCGACUGGACUAGCAGUUCCCGGGAGAAUCAGCAUCCCAAUCUCCUCGGGGGCGCCGGCGAGCCCCACAAGCCAGACAAGUUGGGCGGGGAGAAAUCGGGCAACAGCCGCCGAAACUUGAAGAUCUCGCGCUCGGGCCGCUUUAAGGAGAAGAGGAAAGUGCGCGCCACUCUGCUCCCCGAGGGAGUCAGGUCCUCGGAGGAGGCGAGCUUCUCUGGUGACCCGCACGACGACAAGCAGUAGCCCGAGGGCUCCGGGACUCUCUUCGCACCACGCCUCCCCAACCCCCAGGUCUAAACCCGAGAAUUCUGCCCCGCCCCUGUACUUGGAGUCUCAUCCCACCAAAUUCAGAAUAUUCGCACAAGGCCUCCAGACUUUAUUUUCCUGGAAAUUGACGUGACAAUUGAGUGUUCCGUAUAUCACGACUCAAGGAUGCAUUAAAUAUUUAUUCGUGGUAAGAGAAGAUACCGCAGAGGAAGUUGGCACAAUUUUUUUUCAAAAAACUUCAGUGGCCUCCUUUGCGUCGCCCGUGGGAGUGAGAAGGGUACUUUUGUAAGAGACCUUAGCUCAACUGGAAUUGCGCAGCCCUCCACUAAGGACGGCAUGCUCUGAUUCCGAACUUGCUAUUGGAAAGCAAAUCACACUGCUAUCUUUAAUGCCUGAGAAAUGCACUUUAGGAGUACUUCUGUAGACAUACCUUAAGUGAAGGGAUGGGACAGAGCAGGAAGCAUUCUUAAGUAGAAGCAUUUUAAGUAAGGCAGGAUUGCUUUUAAUGUUGAACUGCAAAACUGUACUGCCUGUUUUAGCGUGGACCAUUAAAACUGUUGCACUGUAAGACUUCAGGUGACUUUUGUAUUUUUUUUUCCAUUGCAAGACUGAAGCUCAUCAUACUGAAAAGCAGGCAUGCAAAAUCCAGGGUGACAGAGUUAAUCAUUUGCCACAUAACCUGACAGUUCCUCUUGAAAAGCUGCAGGGAGGAGAACAUGUCUACAGACUACCAACACCCAGAUAGGAACCAGCUAGCUGGAUAUCCCUAUUUACAAACCAAAUUCGAGGAAGAGAGGGAGAGGUACCAAUUCAUUAUUCCUAAGUUUUCUUUUUUUCUUCAGUGCAUCUUCAUAGAGUAAGUCACAAUGCUAAUAAUAACUCUUUCUGUAUUCAUUAUUAACCUGACUCAGAAUUGUCUAAAAAUACUUAUUCAAACAGGUGGACUGAACUCUCAGUUUGUGCAAGGCUGGCUUUUUUCCCACCCUCUUUGCUUCAAAAGCUAAUUUCUUUAGUCUGACGUAUGCAUUUAUCUAGGUGCAAGGCCUUAAAGAUCUACCAACCUGUAGAUUUUUAACAAAAAUCUACCUGUUUGCUUUUGUUAUGAACUUCAAGUAAAAGAGUAAAUCGGUACUGAAAUCACUUGCUUACAGCA